GGGGGGUAACGGCGCGACUUUUCAAAAUGUCGGCGGCGGGGCCGCGGAGAGGCCUCCGCGGGGCCCGGGAGCCAGCGGGGCCGCGCCGGGGCGGGCGGCCCGGGGCGCCCUGAUGGGCAGCCGCGGCCCAGGCCCUCGGUACAACCGGCAGCGCGGGACCCGGCGGAGGGAGAGCGGCCGGCGCCAUGGCGACCUGCAUAGGCGAGAGGAUAGAGGAUUUCAAGGUGGGGAACCUCCUGGGGAAGGGGUCCUUCGCAGGGGUCUACAGAGCGGUGUCCCUGAAAACCGGUCUGGAAGUGGCCAUCAAAAUGAUAGAUAAAAAAGCCAUGCACAAAGUUGGAAUGGUACAGAGAGUUCAGAAUGAGGUGAAAAUACAUUGUCAGCUAAAGCAUCCAUCUAUACUCGAGCUUUAUAACUAUUUUGAAGAUAGCAACUACGUAUACUUGAUACUUGAGAUGUGCCACAAUGGUGAAAUGAGCAGAUACAUAAAGAACAGAAAGAAACCCUUUUCAGAAGAUGAAGCCCGACACUUCUUGCAUCAGAUUAUCACAGGAAUGCUGUAUCUCCAUUCUCAUGGAAUACUGCACCGAGACCUCACCCUUUCCAACAUCUUACUCACCAACAACAUGAACGUCAAGAUUGCUGAUUUUGGACUCGCGACUCAGCUGAAAAUGCCUCACGAAAAGCAUUACACCAUGUGUGGAACUCCAAAUUACAUUUCCCCAGAGAUAGCCACGAGGAGCCCGCACGGGCUCGAAUCGGACGUGUGGUCUUUGGGUUGUAUGUUCUACACGCUUCUUAUCGGAAAGCCACCUUUUGACACGGACACGGUCAAGAACACGCUGAAUAAAGUAGUUCUGGCAGAUUAUGAGAUGCCAGCCUUUUUGUCCAGAGAGGCACAAGACCUUAUACACAGGUUACUCCGCAAAAACCCCGCAGAUCGCUUGAGCCUUUCCUCGGUGUUGGAUCAUCCUUUUAUGUCCAGGUCGAGCUCUGCACAGAGUAAAGACCUGGGAACUUCCGAAGAUUCCAUGGAUAGUGGAAACGCUACCAUCUCUACCACCUUCACGGGCUCUUCCAGCGUCAGUACCAGUGGUUACUUGAAGGAAAAGAAGAAGCUGGUAGUUGGACAGCCACUCCCGAAUAAAAUCACUUUUUUUCCUCAAAACAAGAAUUCCAGUAAUAAAUCCUCAGGAGAUGGAAGUGGCUCUUUUCAUCAGUGGGGGAUUCAGGGAAAGGAGAUGGGUGUACCGGGCAGGGGAAGAACCAUUCAGCCCGAAGAAGAGAGACCCCACUCGCGCUACCUCCGACGAGCCCACUCCUCGGAUAGGUCUGGCACAUCCCACAGUCAGACUCAAGGCAUAUCCAAUGUCAUCGAUCGAUGUCACUCCAUGGAAGUGCUUUCCAAGCCUAAAGUAGGAACAAGGGAAAAUGUGGAAUACUUUUCCCCUGCCAACAGCUACACUGAUAUAGGAGACAUAUUUAAGGAGAAGACUUCUAGUGGUUCUGGUUCUUUUGAAGGGCAGAUAUCUCCACCUGUCAAAGAUCAACCACACUCAAAUUAUCUCUGCCCAAUGAAGCCCCAGGUGGGUUUAUUAGAGCAGAAGUCCCAGGCUGAGACAAUGCAGCAGUGGCUUGGAAGCAUGCAAACAAAUGUUCCUCUGAGACCACCUGCAGACAUAACUGGCAGCAGCAAUGCACAUGGAGGGUUUCGGUAUCAUCUGGAUGUGCAGCAAGAGGCACCCAGAAAUGCGUGGAACACCUUAAAAGAGAUCAGGAAUCACGAUGCAUCCGUCGACUGCCCGCAUUCUUUAAACCAGAGAAACCCAAAGCAAUGCAUCCCUGGAGUUGUCUGCAAAUCUGACAAGUUUCAGCCAUCUCCCACGUGUGGCCUUUGGUCAACCUCGGAACAAACCCAAACGUGGGGCCAAGAACCACCGGCACCCCAGAAACCUGCGCUGCGGAGCAUCGUGUCACCCCUCAACGCUCGCAGGCUGAAACCAAUCAGGCAAAAAACCAAAAAUGCAGUGGUGAGCAUUCUAGAUACUGGGGAAGUGUGUAUGGAGUUUCUGAAAGAACACCAUUCACAGGAACUUGUGAAAGAAGUUCUCAGAAUAUCUUGUGAUGGAAAUGUGAUUGCAGUUUCUCAUCCAAAUGAAGGAAGAGGUUUCCUUCUUGGUGACAGACCUCCUGCUUCUUGUGAAGGCACCUGCAUGUAUAAUUUUGACAACUUGCCAGAAAAGUACUGGAAAAAAUACCAGUAUGCAGCCAAGUUUGUGCAGUUGGUAAGAACAAAAACCCCCAAAGUGACGUUCUAUACAAGAUAUGCCAAGUGCAUGUUGAUGGAAAAUUCACCCACUGCAGAUGUUGAAGUUUGUUUUUAUGAUGGAGCAAAGAUACACAAGACAGCUGGUAUAACUCGUGUGAUUGAAAAAUCAGGGAAAUCCUUCACUUUGAAAGGAGAAAAUGAAGCAGGGCUGAAGAAGGAAAUACAAGUUUAUAUGGAUCAUGCCAAUGAAGGACAUCGUAUAUGCCUUGCUCUGGAAUCUGCUGUUUUGGAAGAAGAAAAAAGGAGUGGAAGUGUUCCAUUUUUUCCAAUAAUUGUUGGAAGAAAACCUGGUAAUACUGAAUCACCACAGGCUGUAACACCGUCCCUGUUGGACAAUACAAACUGUCCCAAAGAAGUUGUGGCACUGGAUAGAAAUAAGGCUGCCAGUUCUACUCCAGUUCAGACUCCAAACUGUACUCCUGUGGUGUAUGAAAAGCCAACAUUUGUGACCAACACUGCUGAAACCAUGUGCUCCUCUGUUCAUCAAACAGAAUGCAGUCCGAAUUCAGCCCAACUUGUAAAAUCUGUCUUUGUGAAAAACGUCGGUUGGGCUUCUCAGCUGACCAGUGGAGCCGUGUGGGUUCAGUUUAAUGAUGGAUCCCAGCUGGUGGCCCAAGCAGGUGUUUCUUCUAUCACUUACACAUCUCCAGAUGGCCAGACAACCAGGUAUGGAGAAAAUGAUAAGUUGCCAGAAUACAUCAAAGAGAAACUGCACUGUCUGUCUUCUAUUCUUGUGAUGUUUACCAGUCCAGCUGGUGCUCACUGAUUAAAGCAAACCGGGUGUCACGUCAUGAGAGCUUAAUAAACUCACUCACUGACUUUUAAGU